CCAAGCAGAUCAGCUAUGGGGCGAUGGACCCUUCCUUUUCUGACAGGGAGCAGUUUCCCUCUUUCUUCCGUACGGUUCCCAACCAGCUGUCCCACCACCAGGCCAUCAUAGAGCUCCUCAAGCACUUCGGCUGGGUUUGGGUUGGCAUUGUGGCUUCUGCUGAUGAGAGCAAUGCCAAGUCCAGUAGCCUUCUGAGGGAGCAGCUCAUCAGCCAUGGGAUUUGUGUGGAGUUUCAUGUAAUUUUUCCCAUAGAUAAAGAGGAAACCAAAAGAACAAAUGUUCUCAUCAAGAACUCAACUGCAACUGUGAUCAUUUUAUACUGCAAUAUGGGCUACUUCCUCCAGUUAAUGAUUGGUGAGCACUGGGAGGAAAUAGAAGGGAAAGUCUUUGUUACUUCUGUUACUCUGACACUUGUCCUGGACAACAGGUAUUUUUUAAAAGAUGUCUAUCCGCUCAACGGCUCCCUGCUGUUUGUAACACGAAGAGGAAACAUUCAUGGUAUGAAAGAUCUCAUGGAUUAUGUUCACGGCAGGGAAACCAGUGACUUAAAUAAUAUGAUUUGUCUUCUUCCGAAUGAUGAGAAAGGAAAUGUUUCUAAAAACAGCAAUUCUGAGCCCUUCCGUCUCACCUACAGCAUUUACACAGCCGUGUAUGCCGUGGCGCACGCGUUACAUGAUAUGGUCUCCAAGGCACGGACACAACCAGGGUUCCUUUCCACUGGGCAAUGGCUCAGACAUUUCCACCCUUGGCAGAUGAUCCCCCAUCUAAAUAAAGUACAAUUUCCAACACAGAGCGAUGGGGACUUUUCCUUCUCUGACGAAGGGGAAAUGCCCGGAGAGUUCGAUAUCCUAAACUGCAUUGUGUCCCCAGAUGGGGAGGUCCGAAUGGUAGAAGUUGGCAGCUACAGGUCUCAUCCGGCCCAGUUCCAGAUUAAAGAUAGCGCCAUAGGGUGGGGGAGCCCAUAUACAGAGGUGAGAUGUUCACAUUCUGGGGCUGAGGGACAUAACCAUUCAAACAUUCCUGAAACUGCCAUAAGGAGAAGUAAAGUCUAAAAAACGAAUCUGACUAUAUACUAUAUUGUAAUUAUUUUUUAAAAUACUCCAUUACUGAUCCACUACUGAUCAGCCCAUU